AUGGCUCAUCUGACACAAGCACUCGGUGCUGCCAAAGGUUCCAUCAACGUCACCGGUAUAGGCAGUGCAGCAGCAACCACUACCAAAGGUCGACGUCGCCGUCGCGACAUUCAAUGCGACAAAACAGAUCGUCCAGGUGUUGCUAUCAUCUUAGACGUAGCAUUGGAUUAUCCAUCAACUUUAUCAUGCCAGACAUUGUCCUGUCAAGUCGAUAUGUUUACCGAUAUCCAUCAAAAAUUCAAUAGUGUCACCGAUGUUAGUCUCACCGCAGAUGAUGGAACCCCCAUACCUGUACAGUUAUGUCACGUGGAGUCUUAUACUGAUGGCACGAAUAACAAUCCUCAAAGUUCCAGUGGUAUUGCUAUCCAACCUUGUACAACCGUUUGUCAAAACGAUGGCGAAUGCACAGGUCCCACAACUUGUGGAUGCACUACAGAAUGGACUGGUGACACAUGCGAAACUGCUGUAUGCACAAAUGGCUGCGACAAUGGUGGCACAUGUACAGCUCCUGAUACAUGUGCAUGUGCUGCCGGAUGGAAUGGUACAACGUGUACAAUUGGUCAGUAA